GAGAAGUGGUGAACACCCACGGUCCCGUUGAGCCAGACAAAGACAAUAUCCGUCAGGAGCCAUACACCUUGCCCCAGGGCUUCACCUGGGACGCCCUGGACCUCGGGGAUAGAGGCGUGCUGAAAGAGCUGUACACGCUUCUGAACGAGAACUACGUGGAGGACGACGACAACAUGUUCCGCUUCGAUUACUCUCCCGAGUUCCUGCUGUGGGCGCUGCGUCCUCCGGGCUGGUUGCCCCAGUGGCACUGCGGGGUCAGGGUGGUCUCCAGCAAGAAACUCGUUGGAUUUAUCAGUGCGAUUCCAGCCACUAUCCACAUCUAUGACACAGAGAAGAAGAUGGUAGAGAUAAACUUCCUGUGCGUCCACAAAAAGUUGCGCUCAAAACGGGUGGCUCCAGUUCUGAUCCGGGAGAUCACACGGCGGGUUCAUCUGGAGGGAAUCUUUCAGGCUGUUUACACUGCGGGAGUGGUGCUGCCAAAGCCUGUGGGGACUUGCAGGUACUGGCACCGGUCCCUGAAUCCUCGGAAGCUCAUUGAGGUCAAAUUUUCCCACCUGAGCAGGAACAUGACUAUGCAACGUACCAUGAAGCUUUACCGGUUGCCCGAGACUCCCAAGACUCCUGGCUUGCGGCCAAUGGAGCACAGAGAUAUCCCUGCAGUGCACAAGCUCUUGACCGAGUACCUGAAGCAGUUCCACCUGACGCCCGUCAUGAGCCGAGAGGAGGUGGAGCACUGGUUCUUACCUCAGGAGAACAUCAUCGACACCUUCGUGGUAGAGAGCGCUCCGGGGGAGGUGACAGACUUCCUGAGCUUCUACACGCUGCCCUCCACCAUCAUGAACCACCCAACUCACAAGAGCCUGAAAGCUGCUUACUCCUUCUACAAUGUCCACACCAAGACGCCUCUCAUCGACCUCAUGAGCGAUGCUCUCAUACUCGCCAAGUCGAAAGGAUUCGACGUCUUCAAUGCACUGGAUCUCAUGGAAAACAAAACCUUCCUGGAGAAGCUGAAGUUUGGGAUUGGGGACGGGAACCUGCAGUAUUACCUGUACAAUUGGAAGUGUCCCAGCAUGGCGCCAGAGAAGGACCCCUUCCCUCUGUGGAAGGAGGCCAGGUCCAGCGAGGAGACGGGCUGCAGGGUGACAGACUGGACACCGGUGGUUGACAGUCACUUGUCCACGGCUGGGUGGCAGUUGCUGUGCCCU